UUUACUAGUUUCUUUGAAGAUAGAAUCUGUAUGUUUCUUUUUCUGCUUGUUUUGGAAAGAGAGAAAUUCUGAGAAGAGAACGUUUCGGAUUUACUCGGCCGUGUUCAAACCAGAAGUACACUUUUUGCUUAUUUUUCCCAAGGGUUUGUCUUGCAUAAUCUUUACAAAUAGGUUCUUGCAGCUGGGGGGUGGGUUGGAGGAGGGAGGUCCAGAGUGGUAAUGUUACCUGUGCUUACACCUGCAAAUAAAGGUGAAUGUAGUGAAAGAGUAAACAAGUGUAGUGUGGCCUGAGGAGCACAAAAUUCCUUACUUGUACAGAGGGAAUGUGGCAGAGGGCUGGGCAAGUCGAAGGAGGUCUGUUUCUUUUUUCUGAAUAAAUAAAUUAUUGGGAGGAGUGAUGAUUUUCCUCCUUGGAUGUUUCUUUGCAGGAACUCAUGCAGCCAGAAUCUGGGGCCAAUGGAACAGCCAUUGCUGAGUUCAUCCUGCUGGGCCUGGUGGAGGCGCCAGGGCUGCAGCCAGUGGUCUUUGUGCUCUUCCUCUUUGCCUACCUGGUCACGGUCGGAGGCAACCUCAGCAUCCUGGCAGCCAUCUUGGUGGAGCCCAAACUCCACACCCCCAUGUACUUCUUCCUGGGGAACCUAUCAGUGCUGGAUGUUGGGUGCAUCAGCGUCACUGUUCCCUCAGUAUUGAGUCGUCUCCUGUCCCACAAGCAUGCAGUUCCCUAUGGGGCCUGCCUUACCCAACUCUUCUUCUUCCAUCUGUUCGUUGGAGUGGACUGCUUCCUGCUGACCGCCAUGGCCUAUGACCGAUUCCUGGCCAUCUGCCGGCCCCUCACCUACAGCACCCGCAUGAGUCAGACAGUCCAGAGGAUGUUGGUGGCUGCAUCCUGGGCUUGUGCCUUCACCAAUGCACUGACCCACACUGUGGCCAUGUCCACGCUCAACUUCUGUGGCCCCAAUGUGAUCAAUCACUUCUACUGUGACCUCCCACAGCUCUUCCAACUCUCCUGCUCCAGCACCCAACUCAAUGAGCUGCUGCUUUUUGCUGUGGGUUUUAUAAUGGCAGGCACCCCCAUGGCUCUCAUUGUCAUCUCCUAUAUCCACGUGGCUGCUGCAGUCCUGCGAAUUCGCUCUGCAGAGGGCAGGAAGAAAGCCUUCUCCACGUGUGGCUCCCACCUCACUGUGGUGGUCAUAUUCUAUGGUUCAGGUAUCUUUAACUAUAUGCGACUAGGUUCAACCAAGCUUUCAGACAAGGAUAAAGCUGUUGGAAUUUUCAACACUGUCAUCAAUCCCAUGCUGAACCCCAUCAUCUACAGCCUCAGAAACCCUGAUGUGCAGAGCGCCCUCUGGAGGAUGCUCACGGGGAGGCGGUUACUGGCUGGGGGAGGUCUCAAUUGACCUUUUCUCCCUGCAUCUUUUGUACUAACGGAAAAAUCUUCUAGAGCCAGAAACAAGGAAAAAAUGGUUCAGACUUGUUUCUGUUUCCAUGGGCAUAAGAAGGACUUUUUGUAGGGAAUAAUAGUUUUCAUUUCUUAAAGCAGCCCUGUCCAGUUAUAGGCAAUGAGUGUAUAGGAUCUGCCAAACCAGCCCCUUAGACAAAUUCAACUUCAGGCACUGUGUUCUCUCCUUGCUGGCUAGAGGUGAAACCUAGGAAGCUGUGAAUGCUCGCGGUUCAUGUCCCAGAGGGAACGACUCUUUGGUUGGUUACAGCCCGAGUUGCCAGAAGUACCCCAGAAAACUCCCCCCGAGAAGUCAUAUUUUUCCCUCAAGUUCAGGUAUGCUUGGUCUGUUUAUAAAACAUAGGUCUAGAGAUGAGGAUUGUUUGAUUUCUCCCAUCAGAACUCUAUAAGCAAAAAUAAAACAAAAAGAAACAAAAACAAAAAAGUAGCUCUUUCUAUUCCCUUUAAACAAGGACCCCAUAGCAUAGACAGGGGACAGAGGGGAAGCUGUAUGGUUACGUAUUCUCUAGUAAUUCUGGAGCACCUGAUGCCUGCGUGCAGCUCGCAGACUUGUUUCUAAACGCUAAAACUCCAUUAAUACGUGUUGUAUAUCUUAUGAUACAAAAAUGAAUUUUGCUCAUUUUUUUCCCCAUGUGUUUCACAUUUUUUGAGAAGAUAAUUUAUAAUCUAGAAAAGAUAAGAAUUUAUAAUCUAAGCAUUAUUUAUGUAUUUCAAAAAACCCAAGACUCCUCAAUAUGAAAAUUUCUCCAAAACUCUUACUCUUAGUCUGCAAACCUCCUUGCUGAGAUAAUCCAUAACUAUAAAUGCAAGUCGUAUGGUGAGGAGUCGCCCUGAAUGUCCCUUCUCAGUAGGGGAGUGUGCCUCUGACCCAGAGCAUUAUCUCAACGUGCUGGAUGUUAAACCAGCCGUGAUCUCGCUGUAUCUUCUUUCUAGCCUCGCAUUUAGGACUCAUUGCCCACCCCUGGCAACUCUCCUGUGCCACUGCUGGUUCCCAGUGCCCCUCCCUAAAACUUUCCUUUGACUGGCACCUGUGACUUGGCUUCUCCAUAAUAUUUUAUGGGGGUAAGGGAUUGAACAGACGCAGUAAGAUAGAGAGAAACAGAACAGACACAAAAGAGGGAAGCAAACCAAGGUUGGAGGAGGAGAGUUGGUGGGAAAAGGAAGUGGAAAGAUGAGGAGUAGGGAGAAUGGGAGAGAAUUGCAAGUGGAGGGGUUGAAAGGGAAGCAUGGCCAUAUUAGAGAGGAGCAGAUGGGGUUCACAGAAUGGGGAAUGUGAAAGAAUGGAGGAAUUGGGUAAGAUGCUUUGAGACUGCUGAAAGAUCAGAGGAAGAAAGUGGGGAAAUAAAAUAAGUGGGUCACACAUGAGAGAGGUGGGCUUCCCAUUCUGUGUUGUCCAGCAACAGCCAAUUCCAGUAGCCCUGAUGCCAUCGUUGUAGUCCAUCUUCUCUACUAAGAAGGAAGUGAUUGAUAUUUUAAGUUAUGCUAAAUGUACAAAAAAAGUACAACAAGGACUCGUCUUCUCUUUCUCUGAACAGAAGUGCUCCUAGGAUGUCAGGAAGAAGGUUUACUAGAUGAGAAAACAGAGAAGAAAAGAGUGCUGGGUAUUUUCUCCAGCUGCAUAUCUAAAAUGUCAUCAAACUUUGUGACAAACUGCCCAACUUACACUCCCUACCUUUUGAGUCAUGCCGGCUGACAGUGUCAGUAAACAUAGGAAAAAGAUGUCUUUUUCUGAUUCUUACUGUGUCAUCAGACAAACUGCAGGGACACAAAGAGUGAGUCUCCUUCAAGGGUCAAGAAGACUGUUGGGGAAGACCUGGGAUAUGGUUCCCAUCUCAUCCCUUCUCUCAUGCACGAUGCGCUUGACCUUGAACAAGUUGAUUAGUUCCUCUGGGUCUGUUCUUGACCAAAAGCACUAGGUUAUAUUAAGGUUCUUCCACUGCGAAUGUUCUCUGAGUCUCUUAGUUUGAAUGAAUAGAAAGACUGGAUCUGUUUACCCUGAGAGAGCUACCGCACCUUCCACCAUCACUUCUUUUGCUACACGUAACACCUGCAGCAAAACUGAGCCUGCUGUUUAUCUCCAAAGAUCUGGUGCCUCUGGCAUUUCGUCCAGCUGGCUAUUUACUUCCAGCCUCAAGGAAAGAUUUCUGUCUUGGCCUUGUCACUAGGGUAGACUGGAGCAACUGGGUCCAACAUCAUGGAGAAUGGCCAAGGACAUGAUUCCCUGGUCCCUGUUCACCCUCCAGGAUCAUACAGCUUCUUUAUCAAUUUGGGAGAUUCCAUUUCUUUUGGAAUUUUUCUCCCCUUUUAUAUUCCAAACUGGAAAUCUCCUUGCUACUUAAAAAUUCUAUUAUACAUGUAAUGCAUCAUGUUGUAAAUGUCCAAACAGUACGGAACAUCACCAGCCUUCUGCACCAUCCCCACAUUAAUCUCAUCUUUAAAAGUAACUACUGUUAAUAGUUUCAUGUUUAGCUUUCCAGACAAAUGAACAUACACGAACACACACACACACA